CCUAGUUUCUGGAUGGAGCGAGUGUCUCAGCGAUUUGCUCAUAUGCCACCAGAUUGAGCCAAGACACAGAUACAUCCACACUGAAGAUAGACCAGACAUCACAUUUUACGACGUAGACUCAGGAACAACAAAAGAGAUAGAUGUUGCUAUGGCUCAUCCCUGGAGCAAAGAUACCAUCAAGGGAGCGUCCACGACAUGUGGAUAUGCAGCAACAAAACGAGAGGCAAGGAAGGAAGUAAAGUAUCGCAAAGAAUCAUUACCAGAUGGUUCUAAGCCUUUUGUUACUCCUCUGGUGUUCGAACACUUUGGUCGUUGGGGACCCAAAGCAGAGGAAUUUUUAAAUGAACUUGCAAAGAAGUCCAAAGACAUGCUGGGAAGGAAAAAUGAAGCAGCGUUUAGAAGCUAUUGGAGAAGAAGAUUUUCUGUGAUUAUUCAGAAAUGUAACAGUAGAGUUGUUUUAAGAAAGCUAUCUAGGCUUUCAUUGAAUUGUUUGGAUGGACAAGACAAGCUAGAGAUGGACAAAGCCAUUCAUAGUUCUAUUCAUUAAUUAAAACGAAGAACAGUAGGAAAGUAGAACUUUUAGUACUGCAGCAAGUGAUGUAAGUAGUGACGUUUGAUGACAAUAAAACAAAUCUGUCUGUCUGUCUGUCUGUCUGUCUGUCUGUCUGUCUGUCUGUCUGUCUGUCUGUCUGUCUGUCAAUACAUAUAUUUUCACACAUCAUCGCUAUUACAGUCUAAGACAAUUAGAACUAAAAUCACAAAG